AGAAGAAGAAGAAGUACGAGAACCACCCGCAGAUCAUGAUAACACCUCUGUGUGGUUUGGAUCGUGCGCUUGUCUUCACCAUGUUGUCCUUGGUGCUGUCACGAAGCUUGUGCCAGGUUGCCACGGAAUUGAACCGCAGGUCUUGCCCGACCCUCGGUUCAGUUUUGCGGACUUUUACAACCUCAUGUCCUAGAUACGGAGAAGCAUCGGACGAUGCUUCAUCAGUGACCUACACACAGCUGAAGACCAUGUUGUCCAACCGUGACAUUCAGCUGUUUGAUGUGAGGAAUCCUGAUGAAUACCAGGCUGGACGCAUUCCACACGCUGUCAACAUCCCACUGGGCAACCUGGAGGAGUCUCUGAAGCUGUCCCCAGAGGCCUUUCAGCAGAAAUUUGAAGUGAAGGCUCCUGGGAAAGAUGACGACAACAUUGUGUUUCACUGUAAAAGCGGGAACCGGAGCAACAAGGCACUGGGCAUCGCCCAUCAGCUGGGAUUUAGCAGGGCGAGACAUUAUAAAGGAGGGUACACUGAGUGGGCAGAGCAAGAAGGAAAAUAACUCUGGGCUGAGUUCUGCACUUUAUAGUGCGAUAUCUUCAUUAAAAAUCCAACUAUCAAACUUUCAAAUGCAGCAAGAAGAAUAAAAGAAAACAAGAAAAGAAAGAAAGAACAAAAAAAAAAGGAAAACAAAAUUACUCCCAAUGCUUCACUCUUGAGAUUCAUUUCAUUCAUUCAUUAAAAGAAAAAUCUUCUAAUCAUUUUGUGUUAACAGAAAAUGUUAAAAUGCAGUGUAAUCAAAACUAAAUUGCAAUUAAACUUAAAACAGACAGCAAAAUGUUAUAGCUUGAAUUCUGGGGUGUUCACAAAGUGUUUGACCACAAUUUUAAAUUAGUUUUACUCUCCUCUGCUUCUUUUGUGAAAUAAAUCAUGGGUAAAAUCAAACA